UUAUAAUUCGAAAAUUAUGUCUAAACAACGUUCAGAAAAAGAGUGGCGUGAUAUUCUUAGCCCUGAACAGUUUAGUGUUAUAAGGGAAAAAACUACAGAACAGCCUCACACAGGUGAAUAUAAUAAAUUUAACGGAAAAGGAGUAUACUGCUGUACGGCCUGCAAUACACCACUUUAUGUAUCCGAUACAAAAUUUGAUUCUGGAUGUG